GCAGUGGGCGGGGCAGGGCGGGGCGGCGGCGGCGGCGGCGGCGGUGGCUUCCAGCGACUUCGGCGGGCGGUGUUUGAGGAACUGCAAUGCCCAGCGGAGACACGUUCCCACGAGGGCAGUGACACCUGGCCCAGCCUUAGGGAGAGCAGCCCAUCGCCCCCAGACAUGCUUGGGCAGCCCCAAAACCCCUCGGACCCUCCCUGUGCUGCUGCUGGCUUGGGCUCCCCACUGGGAUGAGUCCUCAAGGGUCACUUUGCCCCGCUCUGAGCAGCCCCUGAUGCUGCAGCCCCUCCAGGAGGCAACCCAGAGGUGACCCAGGACUGUGGCAGUGACGAGCGGGGGGAUCUGAGGCCCCGAGGACCUCGCUGGUGCCAAGGCCGUCCCCCCCUCCCGGCCGGGGCGAUGCCAACCCCCGCCUAGCCCCCGGGCGAAGGGAUGGGGGAUCCCCCCACCUCCAGCACCCCGCUGCCCCCUCCUGCCCCGGCUCCCCCGGCCCGUGGGGGCCCGUGGUGAUGUGAGCAGGGCCCCGAACCCCCCGGCCCCCAGCGCCCACCCCCCAGGCACCACCGGCCCCCCCGCCAUGAUGUGCGAGGUGAUGCCCACCAUCAGCGAGGGGGACCCCCUGGGGCCCCCCCAGGGCUCGGAGGCCGACGCCGACUUCGAGCAGCUGAUGGUGAACAUGCUGGACGAGAGGGACAAGCUGCUGGACACGCUGCGGGAGACGCGCGAGACGCUGUCGGUGACCCAGAGCCGCCUGCAGGAGACGCUCCGGGAGCGGGACCAGCUCCAGAGGCAGCUCAACUCCGCCCUCCCGCAGGAGUUCGCGACGCUGACGCGGGAGCUCAGCGCCUGCCGGGAGCAGCUCCUGGAGCGCGAGGAGGAGAUCUCGGAGCUGAAGGCCGAGCGCAACAACACCCGGCUCCUGCUGGAGCACCUGGAGUGCCUGGUGUCCCGGCACGAGCGCUCCCUCCGCAUGACCGUGGUCAAGCGCCAGGCCCAGUCCCCGUCCGGCGUCUCCAGCGAGGUCGAGGUGCUCAAGGCUCUCAAGUCGCUCUUCGAGCAUCACAAGGCGCUGGAUGAGAAGGUCCGGGAACGCCUGAGAGCAGCCCUGGAGCGAGUGGCCACCCUGGAGGAGCAGCUGGUGGACGCCCAUCGGCAGGUGGCAGCUCUCCAGCAAGGAGCCGUGCGGGAGGCCCCGGCGGGAGAGCGGGAUGAGCCCAAGGAACCAGCCCCGAAGCUUCCCUGGAAGCGACUCUCCAACGGCUCCGUGCACCCGGAGGACGAGGUCGGGCGGGUGGUGGAGCUGCAGGAGCUCCUGGAGAAGCAGAACUUCGAGGUGGUGCAGGCCAAGGAGCGCAUCUCUGCUCUGGCUGCCAGCGUGGCUGAGCUGGAGGAGGACCUGGGCACCGCCAGGAAGGACCUCAUCAAAUCCGAGGAGAUGAGCAGCAAGUACCAGAGGGACCUGCGAGAGGCCCUGGCACAGAAAGAGGACAUGGAGGAGAGGAUCACCACGCUGGAGAAGCGCUACCUGGCAGCCCAGAGAGAGGCCACCUCCAUCCACGACCUCAACGACAAGCUGGAGAACGAGCUGGCCAACAAGGAGUCCCUGCACCGCCAGUGCGAGGAGAAGGCCCGGCACCUGCAGGAGCUGCUGGAGCUGGCGGAGCAGAAGCUGCAGCAGACAAUGCGCAAGGCGGAGACGCUGCCCGAGGUGGAGGCGGAGCUGGCCCAGCGCAUCGCCGCCCUCACCAAGGCAGAAGAGAGGCAUGGGAGCAUCGAGGAGCAUCUCCGGCAGCUGGAGACCCAGCUGGAGGAGAAGAACCAGGAGCUGGCCAGGGCUCGGCAGAGGGAGAAGAUGAACGAGGAGCACAACAAGCGGCUCUCGGACACCGUGGACCGGCUGCUGAGUGAGUCCAACGAGCGGCUGCAGCUGCACCUCAAGGAGAGGAUGGCAGCCCUGGAGGAGAAGAACACAUUGUUACAAGAGCUGGAAAACACCCAAAAGCAGAUAGAGGAACACCAGCACGACAAGCGGCGACUGUCCGACGAGAUCGACAAGCUCAGGCUGGAGGUGGAUCAGCUCAAGACCAGGAGUGGGACCUUCGUGGAGAGUGUUCACUCCAGGUCCCACAUGGGCAGUGCCACAGACCUGCGCUUCCCGCUGGUCCACGCGCCCGCCGAGCCCUUCGGAGCGGCCCCGGGGCUGCCCCGGGCACAGAAGGGUCGGUUCGCUGCCAGGAGGGAGGAGCCGGCCAAGGACUGGGAGCAGGCCCAGGCAGGCGCUGUCCUGGCCACAGGGCCCCACAGCUUCGACAGCGACCCCGACAUCUCGGACGUGGACGAGGACGACCGCGAGACGCUCUUCAGCUCCAUGGACGUGCUCUCCCCUGGGGGGCACUCGGAUGCCCAGACCUUGGCCAUGAUGCUCCAGGAGCAGCUGGAUGCCAUCAAUGAGGAGAUCAGGAUGAUCCAGGAGGAGAAGGAAUCCACCGAGCUGCGUGCGGAGGAGCUGGAGACGCGUGUCACGAGCGGCAGCAUGGAGGGCCUCAACCUCACCCAGCUCUGCAAGAGGGCCUCCAUCCCCACCUCCCUGACCGCCCUGUCCCUGGCCAGCUCGUCCCCCCCCCUGAGCGGCCGCUCCACGCCCAAGCUGAGCUCGCGCAGCGCGGCGCAGGACCUGGACCGCAUGGGCAUCAUGACGCUGCCCAGCGACUUGAGGAAGCACCGGAGGAAACUGCUAUCGCCCGCAGCUCGGGACGAGAGCCGGGAGGACAAAACCACCAUCAAGUGCGAGACGUCCCCGCCUUCCUCGCCCAGGGCGUUGAGGCUGGAGAAGCUGGGCCACCCUGCUCUGAGCCAGGAGGAUGGGAAGGGCUCGCUGGAGGAUCAGGCCAGCAACCCCAGCAGCAGCCAGGACUCCCUGCACAAGGGCUCCAAGAGGAAGGGGAUCAAAUCCUCCAUCGGGCGCUUGUUUGGGAAAAAGGAGAAGGGUCGCUUGAUCCAGCUGAGCAGAGAAGGGGCCACGGGGCAGGUGGUGCUGACUGACGCGGAGGGGAGCAUCCAGGACCCCCUGGGCCUGGGCAAGCUGGGAGCUCAGGCCGAGAAGGAUCGGCGCCUGCGGAAGAAGCACGAGCUCCUGGAAGAGGCCCGGAGGAAAGGGUUGCCCUUUGCUCACUGGGAUGGCCCCACUGUCGUGUCCUGGCUGGAGCUCUGGGUGGGGAUGCCAGCCUGGUACGUGGCCGCGUGUCGCGCCAACGUGAAGAGCGGGGCGAUCAUGUCGGCGCUGUCGGACACCGAGAUCCAGCGGGAGAUCGGCAUCAGCAACGCCCUGCACCGCCUCAAGCUCCGCCUCGCCAUCCAGGAGAUGGUGUCCCUGACCAGCCCCUCGGCACCGCCCACCUCCCGCACGUCCUCUGGAAACGUCUGGGUCACCCACGAGGAGAUGGAGAACAUGGCAACCUCCACCAAGACGGACACAGAGGAGGGCAGCUGGGCACAGACCCUGGCCUACGGGGACAUGAACCACGAGUGGAUUGGGAACGAGUGGCUGCCCAGCCUGGGGCUCCCCCAGUACCGCAGCUACUUCAUGGAGUGUCUGGUGGACGCCCGGAUGCUCGACCACCUCACCAAGAAAGACCUCAGGGUGCACCUGAAGAUGGUGGACAGCUUCCACCGCACCAGCCUCCAGUACGGCAUCAUGUGCCUCAAGAGGCUCAACUACGACCGCAAGGAGCUCGAGAAGAGGAGAGAGGAGACCCAGCAUGAAAUCAAAGACGUGCUGGUGUGGACCAACGACCAGGUGAUCCACUGGAUCCAGUCCAUCGGGCUGCGCGAGUACGCCAACAACCUGGUGGAGAGCGGGGUGCACGGGGCCCUGCUGGCCCUGGACGAGAACUUUGACCACAACAGCCUGGCCCUGGUGUUGCAAAUCCCCACCCAGAACACACAGGCUCGGCAGGUGCUGGAGAGGGAGUUCAACAACCUGCUGGCCCUG